GAAAUCCCUCGGCGUACCGUUAGGUAUAUUCCUAUUUGUUUUCACCACAUUUUGAACAGUUGAAUUCGUUUUUGCCUUGAAAUGACUGAUACAGAAACAAAGGUGCAUUUCCGAGUUGUGAGAUUCAUGCACGAAGCAGCCUUGAAACUACACAUGAAAAGUGUACCAUUAGCCACAGCAGCAGUUGUUUAUCAUAAGUUUUUCCGAGAGAAUGCUUUAACAGAUUAUGAUCCAUAUUUAAUUGGAACUACGGCUUUGUAUUUAGGAAGUAAAAUCGAAGAAGAAGUUGUUAAAUUACGAGAUGUUGUCAAUAUUUGUCACAGAACUUUACAUAAAAGCAAGCCACCAUUAGAAAUUGGAGAAACGUUUUGGAACUUAAGAGAAACAGUGGCUAGUUGUGAACUGUUUAUAUUAAGGGCAUUAAGAUUUAAAGUUGUUGUUUCUCAUCCUCACAAGUUCCUUCUCCAUUAUUUAAAAUUUUUAGAAGACUGGUUUGAUCCAUUAGAGUGGGAACGUUUACCUAUUGCCAAGACCUCGUGGUCUUUAUUACGAGACAGUUACCAUGGCAUUAUUUGUUUAAAUACGAAACCAGAACACAUGGCUGUAGCUGUUAUAUACUUUGCUUUGUUAUGUCACGGGGCGGAAGUUCCUUGUAACAAGGAAGCAGACACAAAAUGGUGGAAGGUAUUCUGUGAUGAUAUUAAUAUAAAUAUAAUAGAAACUAUAAUAUCAGAAUUAAUGAACUUAUACGAUACAGAAAUAUAUGUUCAAACAUCUUGACCCAUUAUUGGUGGAAUGAAUGAACUUACACAUACAGAAAUGUUCAAACAUCUUGAAUCAUUCUUGGUGGAAUGAAUGAACUUACCGAAAUCUAUAUUCAAACAUCUUGAAUCGUUCUUGGGGGAAUGAAUGAACAUACCGAAAUCUAUAUUCAAACAUCUUGAAUCGUUCUUGGGGGAAUGAAUGAACAUACCGAAACCUAUAUUCAAACAUUUUGAAUCAUUCUUGGUGGAAUGAAUGAACUUACCGAAACCUAUAUUCAAACAUCUUGAAUCCUUCUUGGUGGAAUGAAUGAACUUACCGAAACCUAUAUUCAAACAUCUUGAAUCCUUCUUGGUGGAAUGAAUGAACUUACCGAAACCUAUAUUCAAACAUCUUGAAUCCUUCUUGGUGGAAUGAAUGAACUUACCGAAACCUAUAUUCAAACAUCUUGAAUAUUCUUGGUGGAAUGAAUGAACUUAUAUGGUAUUCAAUCGUCUUGAAUUAUUCUUGACUGAAGUGUUGAUAACUUUAUUGAACAGGAGAACGCUCAUCAUAAAGAGUUUCAUAAAGUGAAUGUCGUAAAAUUAUCUAAGUGCGUCAGCGAGGAUCCUAAACUGAACGUUCCGGAAUUGCAUUCUCUCAAUCAAAAAAAUUGUGACAAUAUAGUGAAAAGGGGGUUUCUCAAAGGGGGAUAUCCCAACCAACCAUGACAGCUGAAACAUAUUCGUAGUGUUUGAUUACGUAACGAUUCUACUCACACCACCUCAGUUGUUGGGACUGACAUAAUUGUGACAGAAACGAAUUCUGUGUCACUCGAUUACAAUUCUGUCAAUUCAGGACAUUCCGAACUGACAAUUAAGUAUCGCCAGUGUGUUGUGAACAACUUUCAUUCAUAUGAUUGAGGAUAUAACUCCUUGAAUUAUCAUUUUCAAUGUUGAUGUUCAGGACUACCAGGCUGGAUAAUUGAAUAUGACUCCGCUUGAUAUAUAUCAUUUUCAAUGUUCAUGUUCAGGACUACCAGGCUGGAUAAUUGAAUAUGACUCCCCUUGAUAUAUAUCAUUUUCAAGGUUGAUGUACAGGACUACCAGGCUGGAUAAUUGAAUAUGACUCCGCUUGAUAUAUAUAAUUUUCAAGGUUGAUGUACAGGACUACCAGGCUGGAAAACUGAAUUAAAAUUUAACCAUAUGUUAGUACCCCCAAGUUUGGCCUUAGUCAUCAAUCAUAGCUGCCUUAUUAAACUCUGUAAACUAAGAAUAGAAAAGAAUAAAAAAAACGUCAUAAUUGAAAAA